AUGAGACCGCCUGUCCCAGAGAUCAUUCCCCCGCGAUCUCGCAAGUCGUCGCUUGAACAUCAGCAGUGGAUUGACCCCCGCAGUACCACUCCAUCCACCUUCUUCCUGGCCCGCAGUCAGCGCUCCGAUGAGCGCGAGCACUCGCCGGCCGAGUCUGAAGGUCUGCGGGAUAGCAUGUAUGGCAUCCAAAGUUUUGAUGGGACAACAUCCACUGCCUCGAGCGUAGCUGUUACGCUACCGGACCUCGACGCCUCGUCCAUCAGCAAGCCUGUUUCCAGCUCUGCUUCCCCCGCGCCCCCACCGCAAUGGAACAACAAUUUGGAAGAAGCGGACGAUGCUAGCUCAAAUGCUCGUCAGAGUCCAACACUCAAGGACCUUGAUUCUAUCCAAAUCCCCAGGCUAGAAGCAUCGUUUCAUCCAUCUAAUUUAACAUCACCUCGACCCUUGACUCCGCUCAACUACUUAAAUUCCGAAGAUCAGUCGUCCCUCCCAAGCAGUCCCAAAUCCAUCACCAACCAGUCCACGAGACAUUUUGACGAGAUAUCUAUUACAGAUGAUCUCAGUAGCCAGGCUGUCGCUUCCGGCGAUGAAGAAGAGGAUCCCCGCCCACCACUCAAUCCAAACUCCGACUCGACGUCACAACUUAUUAUGCCGAGUAUCACUAUACCUAGUCGGAGACCCUUCACAGAGAAAGGCAAAGCCCUUGGUCGGAUGAAACUACUCUUGGCAGGUGCAGCUGACCUAGAAGACUCUCGUGUUCUUCGAAGGCGAAAGAGCUCAGGCGAAGUCGUCCUUGAGCGCAAUAUUUGCUUCGUCGAUGUCCAAGGGCACCGAUUGAGCCAAGCUGGACAAAUUGACACCGUUAUUAAAUAUAUCAGUCAACAGCUCUCUCGUGCUGUGUCAGCCCUCGAAUCAACAAAUGCCGAUUUCCAGAACAUGUUAGCUGGUAAUGGAGGGUCACAGGUGGACGCUGUCCUAUACCUCAUAUCGCACGAUAAGCUUCAUUCUGAUGUCGAGUGCAUCAGCAAACUCAGCACCUGGACCAACGUUAUACCCCUCAUAGCCAAGUCAGACUUACUGACCCGUCAUCAAAUCAUUAAUCUCAGAAACUCCUUUAACGAGAAAGCUCAGGCUGCUUCUUUAAGGACUUUUCACCUUAAUGCUUCGGAUAUAGAUGAACAACCUUUCGCAGUUUCGUCCGCCAAGUCAAAUGAUGAUUCCAUCAUGGAUGCUAGCACGCUGAUGAAUCCGGACUAUAUGCAACCACUAGUUGCCUCUGACCUUACAGCUUUAGUCCAGAGCCUCUUCGAUCGCGAGACCAUGGCCUGGAUUCGGCACUCUGCUGCCAAGAAGCUUGCACAACGGCAAAGGGAUAUCUUGUCCCGCCGAAGAAACCCUCUACAAGACGAGGCUUUAUCAUUUGCAUCCAGUGCGUAUGGUAUAGAACCUAGUUAUGCGAUGGCUCGGGUGUCAGAUCAUUCUAGACACGAGGAGAAGCGUGCCCGAAUUCAAUUGGCAAAAUGGGCAUCAGACCUGCAACAAAGUCUUCAAAACGAACGAGAACGAUAUGCAGCAUUGGCAAGGAACGAGCGAGCUGUCUGGUUGACUGAGCGCCUAGGAGAAUGUGUUGUAGAUGGUUCUCUUGUUCCGGUCACGCAAACGCCCGGGUUCUGCGGGCUUCACAUGCCGUCCGACAAGCCGGGUAGAAGUCUUCUCGUCCAAACCAGAAGCGGCCAGCGUGUUGAGUAUCACAUUGCUAACGUCAGCUCUCUUGACCCCCUCGGAGUUGUGCGGUGGUUGGAUGACCUUAAACAACGAGGUUGGGCAAUCGUUCAGAUCGUGGGGAGUUUCGGCGUUGUUGGAGGACUAGCUCUUUGGCUCGCAAAGACUUGGGGUUUGUCUUCGCGAAGUUUCUCAGAAUGGCGAUUCGAUUGGUAUUGUACCAGCGACUAGCCGCCGCCUUAAACCAAAGCCAUUUACCAAUCUAGCUUUACCGUCUGGCUUUGAUUAUCACCUUUCAUGCAACUUACUAUUUCCAUUCUUUCAAGUAUGCCAUGGCGUACACGAUGACUGAGCUAUAUCCUUACGACAACCCGUUUAUUUAUUGCACUGUUUACCAACUAUUCUGGGCUGGCGUCUGAUGGCUGUGGGCAAGACACGAUACCAUGCAUCUUCAGGUAGCUUACUUCAUAACUGGCGUUUCUCAGU